CCCCGCCGGGCCGCCGCGCUCCCCUCGCUCAGUCUAGCGGGCCCCAUGUUACUGAGUGGAGCUCCUCCGGCCGGCUCCGGCCCGGGGCCGCGGGCGCAGGGGAGCGCCGGGGGCGGCCCGGCGGGGUCGCGCCGGGGCGCCGGGGGCGCGGGAACCGGCCCGGCAGGGAGCGGCAGCGGUGGAGUGGCCAAGUGGCUCCGGGAGCACCUGGGCUUCCGCGGGGGGGGCGGCGGCGGCGGCGGUGGGGGCAAGCCGGCGCCCCCCGAGCCGGACUACCGCCCCCCUGCACCUUCCCCGGCCGCGCCCCCCGCGCCUCCCCCGGACAUCUUGGCCGCCUACCGACUGCAGCGGGAGCGCGACUUCGAAGACCCCUACUCCGGGGGGCCGUCCGGCUCCGCUGCCCUAGCCACCCCCGCCGUUCCCGGCCCCACGCCGCCCCCGCGCCACGGUUCGCCACCCCACCGCCUUAUUCGGGUCGAGACCCCCGGCCCCCCAGCGCCUCCUCCCGAGGAACGGAUCUCUGGACCACCCGCCAGCAGCGACAGGUUAGCAAUUCUAGAAGACUAUGCGGACCCAUUUGAUGUUCAGGAGACUGAUGAAGGCCCGACAGGAGCUUCAGGAGCCCCAGAAAAGGUCCCCGAAAAUGACGGUUACAUGGAGCCCUAUGAGGCCCAAAAGAUGAUGGCCGAGAUCCGGGGCUCCAAGGAGGCGGCCGCUCAGCCGCUGCCUCUGUAUGACACGCCCUACGAGCCAGAGGAGGAGGGGGCCCGCCCGGAGGGUGACGCGGCCCCGUGGCCCCGGGAGGCCCGCCUGCCCGAGGAUGAUGAGAGGCCUCCCGAGGAGUACGACCAGCCCUGGGAGUGGAAGAAGGAGAGGAUUUCCAAAGCCUUUGCAGUUGACAUUAAGGUCAUCAAAGACCUACCUUGGCCUCCACCCGUGGGACAGCUGGACAGCAGCCCUUCCCUGCCCGACGGGGACAGGGACAUCUCCGGUCCAGCCUCACCCCUCCCCGAGCCCAGCAUGGAGGACGGCAGCGCCCAGUUUGAAGGAUCUGAGAAGAGCUGCCUGUCACCUGGCCGGGAGGAGAAGGGGCGGCUCCCUCCCCGACUCUCUGCAGGGAACCCCAAGUCAGCCAAGUCCCUAAGCGUGGAACCCAGCAGCCCCCUGGGGGAGUGGACAGACCCAGCACUGCCUCUGGAAAACCAGGUCUGGUACCACGGGGCCAUCAGUCGAACAGAUGCCGAGAACCUGCUCCGGCUGUGCAAGGAGGCCAGCUACCUGGUGCGCAACAGUGAGACCAGCAAGAAUGACUUCUCCCUGUCCCUCAAGAGCAGUCAGGGCUUCAUGCACAUGAAGCUGUCCCGGACCAAGGAACACAAGUACGUGCUGGGCCAGAACAGCCCGCCCUUCAGCAGCGUCCCUGAAAUUGUGCACCACUACGCCAGCCGCAAGCUGCCCAUUAAGGGGGCCGAGCACAUGUCCUUGCUCUACCCUGUGGCCAUCCGGACUCUGUAGGUGUGAAGCCCGGGCAUUGUGACAGAUCUGGACCCAGCCCUGUGCUCUUCCCCUGGCUGAGGGCUGUGGCCCUUCCUGGGCCACAUGAUCUCUCAAACCUCUCUUCCCCUCUCCCAGGAAUCCUAGUGCAAGCUGGAGAUUCCUUAAUUUAUUCUAAAGGGGAAGAGCUACUGGGGCCUUGGAGUAAGAGGUAGUCUGGAGCUGAGGAUAGAGGACUCCCUGCGGAGAAAGGAUAGCCCCUGGAGGAAGGAGACUUCAGAAUCGCUGAUCUCUUGCGGAGUUUAAGAUCGACAGCUCCAGCCGCCUUCUUCCCCUAGGAAAGAGGUGACGACCUCCUCCCCGCCACCCUCUUCCCCCUGGGGUGGAGGAGUGGAUGGGGGGUGGAGCUGGACGCCGGCACGCUGGGCGCCCUAAGCAUCUCUCCGCCUCCGCCUCCACCUCCAAACCACCGGCGGGCUCCGCCCAGAGUCUGGUACUGGGCUUCGGGAAGAGAGACCCCCUGGAACGGAGACGGCAUUGGGGGUGGGGAAGGGCUCGGCCGGAGGGAACUCGUGCAGGCCCGGGGCCGCCCCGGCUCCGGGCCAGAGGCAAUAAAUAAACCCAGUCCUGCCA